AUGGCCGGCGACAUGGCCGCCAUGGUGGCAACUGUGCCCCUCUCGAUCGGCACCGCUGUCUUGAGGCCAUUUGGUGUGCGCGCCCCUGAAGCCCCGGCCGGCUCGCGGCGUCGCACACAGCGCGUGCCGUGGACCGCCCGUGGAGCAUAUGCGCGGUACGGGCAGCCGCCCGACGGACUCGCACCGGACGCCGCCGCAAGGAGCGUUGGCAGCGUGCGCAAGGACGAUGCACCGCACUAUAUUGGCCUGUACAACCCGGGUGUAUACUGCUUCAUGAACAGCGUGUUGCAGAGUCUCGCAAGCGUCGCGGCCCUCGCUGAGUACCUCGACGCCGUGACGCGCAUGGCCGAGACAUACGAUGUGCCGACGCCCGCCACGGAUGCGCUGCGUGAGCUACUCGUCACGCUCAACACGCCGCAGCCGAAAAAAGGGGCGCUUGCGCCCAAGCAGCUUAUCCAGGUCCUCGGCAAGGUGUCACAGGCCAACGGCAUGCGCACACUGCUGAGUGCGCACCAGCAGCAGGAUGCACAGGAGCUGGCGCUGCUGCUGCUGCAUGCGCUUGACCAGGAGCUCGGCAACAUACAGGCAGAGCGGGGCCAGCAGCUGCAGACCGAGCAGGCGGGCCUGCGUGGCAUCACGGCGCCGUCCGCGCUGCAGCUUGGCCACCUGCGCGCGAGCCUCGGGUACGACGCGGCAAACGUCGCGAACCCAUUCCGCGGCCUGAGCGCGCAGCGUACGUCGUGUGCGCGCUGCGGCUACACCGAGGCCGUGCGCUACUUUUCGCUGACCGACCUGAGCCUUACUGUCCCUCUCGGCGUCGCGUCGUGCACACUCGAGCAGUGCUUUGCGCAGUGGACGCAGCUCGAGCAGGUCGAGUGGAUUUGCCACCGCUGCAGCCUCGCCGCGACGCUGAAACGCGAGCGCGCCGAGGCAAUGCGCCUCGAGCAGGUGGCCGCAGCGCAGUCUGGCGCCGCUGCCAAGGCCGCGACUGAGGGCCGCGACUGCGCGCGCGACCACGUCCAGCGCCUCGAGUAUGCGCUGCGCCAAGGCCUGCACGAAUCGGAAAUCGAAGAGAGUGCGAUUCUCGAAGGGGUACGCCUCAUCCGCGAGCCGAGCGACCAAAGCACCAAGCAGGUUAUGCUCGCCAAGCCCCCGCGUGUGCUCCUCCUACAUCUAAAUCGGUCGUCGUUUGCGUACGGCUCGUUUGGUGCGACCAAGAACAAUGCACGCGUGGUCUUUCCCGAACACCUCAACGUCGCGCCGCGCUCUCCGCACGCAACGGCAUCCCGUGCAAGUACCGCCUGA